AUGGUCUUUGGGGCGGCGCUACCACCCCACCUGCUCGAAGAAAGAAGGAAGCGCGAGGAGGAAGAGGAGAAACAAAAGCAGGAGGCUGCCGCUGCGCCCCCACGAAGGCGCGUAUGCGGUCCGUCUCUAGACGAUUUGGUUGCCGCCCCAGAGGAGCCCAAGGAUGAAGAUGAGGAUGAGAAGGAAGUUGUGGAAGUGCUCGGACCCUUGCGACCAGAUGAUCCGCGAGCUCGUAAGCCGCAACCCAAGCGAGCAGCGCUGCCGUCGGCACCCGCCUACUCCCUCGACCCGGAAGAGCGAAAGCAGCGUACCAAGCGCGACAUCAUCGAAGGGCGCAACAAGAAGGGCGAGCCUGCCGACAAGAAGCAAAAGACAGAGGCGAAGCCCAAAAUGGGCAAGGACAAGAUCGUGGAGGACUACCUGCAGCUUUACAACGAGAAGCAUCGUCCGGAGUCUCUCGUGGCACAGCACGCCAAGAGCGUCAACGAAAAGAAGCUCGAGAAGGCCAAGGCGAAGGAAGACGAGGAGUGGAAGCCGUGGGACAGAGAGGAGAUGGGAUCGCGUCAGCUCCCGGCAGAGGCUCGCGCCAGCGUCCUGCGCAAGGCCAAGGAUUUCCAUUCCCGCUUCUCGGCCCAGUCCGGCAACCGAUUCCUCUAA